AUGCAAUCAGUGCCACACUCCAAUUUUAAAUUAAAUCUCACCAAAUUCUGCAUUGUUCGUCCUCUUCAAACGAAACGUGCUGCAGAGGUUGCCUUCCAGCUUGUAGAUAUCUUCCUUCUCAUGGGUGCCCCUGCUUUUCUUCAAAGUGAUAAUGGCUUAGAGUUCACAUCCAGGGUGAUUACUGAGUUAAAAGAAAUGUGGCCAAGUCUCACCAUGGUUCCUGAGAAGCCCCGUCAUCCACAAAGUCAGGGUUCUGUGGAACGGAUAAAGUGCCCUCCAUACUCUGCUACGUUUGGUUGUGAAGUCAGAGUUGGCCUGACUUCUUCACCUCUCCCCACAGAAGUUGUUUCAAGGUUGGAGAGUGAGGAUGAUCUCAUAGAAGUUAUGUCUGGAGAUGAUACAACAACAACAACAGGUUCUGCUGCAAGUUCUACUGGUUCAAAACGAAGAGUGGAAGCAUACAGAGGGCAGGUAUCCCAAGCUGAGAGAACGGUCAAACACAGUCGCUUAGACUUUAAAGCUGGUGAGCUUGGUGGCAAUGUUGCAGUCCCCAUUUCAGCUGUGGGUCGUGGUAGAGGAGAUCCGCAGAAUACCCUGGGUGCUAUUGUCAGCAGAGAUUUGGACAAUGACCAGUAUAAGAUCGCUGUGAAGUCGGGUGUUCUAAAGGCGUUUGCUGAUAGAAUAAAUCAGGUUAAUGCAGUGUCACAUCGAGAAGCUGUUAUUGCAGAAUCUGCAUGUGGUGGUCAGGCAUUCACUAGAUGCAACUGUAGUGGUCCAAAGAUAUGUUCUACUAAUAGAUGUGUUUCAAAGCUAAAGUGA